ACCUGAGCAAGUGUUUUUACUUACGUAGUUGACGGCAUUUCAAGUCACAGUUUACAUAUUACAGUUUUUUUGUAAGUGGUCUUUGUUUACUUUUGGACUCUUCAUGAAUUAUUUAUUAUUACAUUAGCCAUUUCGAUAAUGGCUUUGCAGUAUCGACGCAAUGCGGAUGAAGACAGCACGGACGAGAGCGACGACGAUUACGUUCCACCGGAACAUGUGGAAGUCGAGGAGGAAGGAAGUGAAUCUGGCGAAGCCGAUCUGGAGCCGAGCAGCGGCGGAGACACUGACUUAGAUGUUGGAAAACGGAAGAGAAAGCGCAAAAUUCGCGUGAAAGCUAACAGUCGAGGGAAGAAGAAAAGCAAAUACGGGGAUGAUUUGGACAAUAAUGAUAAUGAUGAGACUACGAGCAACGAGACUCUCGUUUGCAUGCCGAAAAAACCCGCGUCAGCCACAACUGUCCACAGUUUUAACGCUCCCGCUUCCGGAGUUUCGUCCGACAAUGUAUAUUCAUCAUCCACACCCAGCCCUAACCCUAACGACUCCAGUUCGAACAGAGGCUCGGCAGUGGACGACAAGAACGGCAGCGGCCGAGUGUCUUCUACGUCUCGGGAUUCCACGACAUCAGCCGUUGCACCUUCACCUUCGCAGAAUGCCAGCUCAUCGAAGGCGCCUAGUGGCCCCGUGACGGGACUGGGAUCAGUAUUAGCAAAGUUAUCCGGCAAGAAGAAAAUGUCCACAUUGGAUAAAUCUCAGUUGGAUUGGAAAAAGUAUAAAAAUGACCACGGCCUGGACGAAGAUUUAGCUCAGUUCAAUAAAGGCAAAGGGGGAUAUCUGGACCGGAAAGAAUUCCUUGAACGAGCCAAUCUUCGGGAAUAUGAAUAUGACCAGAAUGUCAAGUCCAGUGGGUCGCGACGUUCCACUAUGUAAAUAAGUUUAAAUGUAUGCAAAUAUUGCCAAAUUAUACAGAAACCCGACGGGUUUCGCUUUCUGAUGGGUACUUUCUUGUUUGCUUGGAUGAUAAAGGAUUUUGUUAUUUGAAUCGUAAUAAGGAAUGAAGGAGGAAUGCAGGAAAAUGAUUUUUCGACGUGGUGAAAUAUUGAAUCAAAUUGUAAGAUUAGCUUUCAAAGUAAAAUCGCGGGCAUCAUAUGAA